AUGGCGCGCGACGAAAUGGGACCGCCAGCCAAAAGGCAGAAGAGCUCCGGGAACCUUCCACCCCAGCUGCGAGACGCGAAACGCAAGGACAUUGACAACUGGGAAACGAAUCGCAUGCUCACGUCGGGUGUUGCACAGCGACGGGAUUUCGAUGGCGAUUUCAUGCCCGAGGAUGAAGAGGCGACUCGAGUCCAUUUGUUGGUCCACGACCUCCGACCACCUUUUCUCGAUGGCCGCACGAUCUUCACCAAGCAACUCGAGCCGAUCUCGGCCAUUCGGGACCCCCAGAGCGACAUGGCUGUCUUCAGCCGAAAGGGGAGCAAAGUCGUUCGAGAACGCCGGCAACAGCGCGAACGGCAGAAGCAAGCCCAGCAGGCGACAUCUAUGGCCGGCACGGCCUUGGGCAAUUUGACGGGCGUCAACGAGGAUGAGGGCGACAGUGCUGUUGCCGUACCAGUCGAGGAGGUCUACAAGGGUGGUGGAAACAAAUUUGCUCAGCAUUUGAAAAAGGAGGGUGGUGCCAGUUCGUUCAGUAAAAGCAAGACUUUGCGCGAACAGCGGGAGUAUCUGCCUGCUUUUGCAGUGCGCGAGGAUCUCCUACGAGUCAUCCGGGAUAACCAGGUCGUGGUGGUUGUAGGCGAAACGGGCUCUGGAAAGACUACCCAGUUAACCCAAUUCCUCCAUGAAGAUGGUUACUCGAAGCUUGGCAUGAUUGGGUGCACACAGCCUCGUCGCGUUGCGGCCAUGAGUGUCGCAAAGCGUGUCAGUGAGGAGAUGGAGGUGGACCUUGGCGGAGAGGUGGGGUAUGCUAUCCGUUUCGAGGAUUGCACCAGUGACAAGACCGUGAUCAAAUAUAUGACCGACGGUGUACUUCUGCGAGAAUCUUUGGUCCAGCAGGAUCUCGAUAAAUAUUCGUGUAUCAUCAUGGACGAGGCGCACGAAAGAGCGUUGAAUACCGAUGUCUUGAUGGGACUUCUCAAAAAGGUGUUGGCUCGGCGCAGAGACCUCAAGCUGAUUGUUACAUCGGCAACGAUGAAUUCGGAGCGCUUUUCCCGCUUCUAUGGUGGUGCACCGGAAUUUAUCAUUCCUGGCAGAACGUUCCCGGUCGAUCUUCACUUCUCGCGUACGCCUUGUGAGGAUUAUGUCGACAGUGCAGUCAAGCAGGUCUUGGCCAUCCACGUUUCUCAAGGCCCGGGCGAUAUUCUCGUGUUCAUGACGGGACAAGAGGAUAUUGAAUCGACCUGUGAGCUAGUUGACGAUCGAUUGAAAUUGCUCAAUGAUCCACCGAAACUCAGCAUAUUACCUAUUUACAGUCAAAUGCCGGCCGAGCAACAGGCAAGGAUCUUCGAGCGGGCAGAUGCAGGCGUGCGCAAAGUGAUCGUGGCCACGAACAUUGCUGAGACGAGUUUGACUGUUGAUGGUAUUAUGUACGUUGUGGAUUCAGGGUACUCGAAGCUCAAGGUGUACAACCCCCGCAUGGGUAUGGACACUCUCCAGAUCACGCCGAUUUCCCAGGCCAAUGCCAAUCAGCGAUCUGGACGAGCCGGUCGAACUGGUCCCGGAAAGGCUUAUCGCCUGUACACAGAGACUGCCUAUAAGAAUGAGCUCUACAUACAGACGAUCCCCGAAAUUCAGCGCACGAGUCUUGCCAACACUGUGCUUCUGCUGAAGUCUUUGGGUGUCAAGGAUCUUUUGGACUUCGACUUCAUGGACCCUCCACCUCAAGAGACGAUUAGCACAUCUCUUUUCGAACUCUGGGCACUUGGGGCUCUGGACAACCUGGGUGAACUCACUCACUUAGGUCGUCGCAUGACGCCAUUCCCUAUGGAUCCCCCUCUCUCGCCAAGCUCCUCAUCACUGCUUCGGAGGAAUACGAUCCCGAGCGUCUUUUACCGGCCCAAGGAACGGCAGGAGGAGUCCGACUCGGCCCGCGAGAAAUUCUUCGUGCCCGAAUCCGACCACUUGACUCUGCUCCAUGUUUAUACGCAGUGGAAGUCGAACGGCUACUCCGACGCUUGGUGUACCAGACAUUUCCUACAUGGUAAAUCCCUCCGACGCGCCAAGGAAGUCCGCGACCAGCUCCAAGAUAUCAUGACCGUCCAGAAGAUGCCUCUCACCAGCUGUGGCACAGACUGGGACGUCAUCCGCAAAUGUAUCUGUUCCGGCUUCUACCACCAAGCCGCGCGCGUCAAGGGAAUUGGCGAGUUCAUCAACCUCCGCACCAGCGUGACCAUGGCCUUGCACCCUACCAGCGCACUGUACGGUCUUGGCUACGUACCGGAGUACGUUGUCUACCAUGAGUUGAUUCUGACUGCUAAGGAGUACAUGUCGACCGUGACGGCCGUUGACCCACAUUGGCUCGCCGAACUCGGUGGUGUCUUCUACUCCGUCAAAGAAAAGGGAUAUUCGCAGCGCGAUCGACGUGUCACGGAACUAGAAUUCAACAAGCGCAUGGACAUUGAGGCGCAGAUGGCAGCGGAUCGUGAGCGCGCCGCGGCUCAAAAAGCGCGCGAGGAGGAACGCAAUGAUCCCACCCGCCGCAAGACUGAAGUUGAAGUUGGAGGUAAAUCAGCUGUGCGGCGUCCCGUCGUUAAGCGGCCAGGGAAAGUUGGUGGUCUAACAGCUUCGUCUUCGUCUCGGCCUGGUGCCGGAGGUGGCAGCGUGGUCAAGAAGCCUACAAUUCCCCGCCGGCCAGGACGGACGUUCUAA